AUGAGGCUUAUCAUCCGCGACGACUCGGAGCAGGCGAGCACCUACGUCGCCAACUACAUCGUCGACAGAAUCCGGCACUUCAACCCCUCGCCGCAACACCCCUUUGUCCUCGGCCUUCCCACCGGCUCCAGUCCCCUUGCCGUGUACAGGAUAUUAGUCGAGAAGUACAAGGCCGGCCAGAUCUCGUUUGAAAAUGUCGUCACUUUCAACAUGGACGAGUACAUCGGCAUCCCGCGCGACCACCCAGAGUCCUACCACACCUUCAUGUGGAAGAACUUCUUCAGCCACGUCAACAUCCACCCCAACAACGUCAACAUCCUCGACGGCAACGCGCCCAACCUCGAGGCCGAGUGCGUCGACUACGAGGCCCGCAUCAAGCGCGCGGGCGGCAUCGACCUCUUCCUCGCCGGCAUCGGCGAGGACGGCCACGUCGCCUUCAACGAGCCCGGCAGCAGCCUCGCCAGCCGCACGCGCGUCAAGACGCUCGCCUACGACACCAUCGUCGCCAACUCGCGCUUCUUCGGCGGCGACCUGACCAAGGUGCCGCGCAUGGCCCUGACCGUCGGCGUCCAGACCGUGCUCGAGGCCCGCGAGGUCGUCGUCGUCAUCCUCGGCAGCCGCAAGGCCCUCGCCCUCCAGCGCUGCAUCGAGCAAGGCGUCAACCACAUGUGGACCCUGUCCAGCCUGCAGCUGCACCCGCACCCCAUGAUCGUCUGCGACGAGGACGCCACCCUCGAGCUGCAGGUCAAGACGGUCAAGUACUUCAAGUCGAUCGAGAAGGUCGCCCGCGAGCAGGGGUUCGAGCAGAUCCUGCCCUCCAAGGUCCGCACGGGGCCCAACCCGGCCCCGCCCUCCCUCGUGCCCGCCACCCCCGUCGACGACGACGACGACAGCCUCAGGUCGCCGACCAUCCUGUCCCCGCAGCCCAUGACCUCGCGCCUGCUGCGCGCCUCCCCGGCCACCGAGAACCCCGUGCGCUCCGUCUCCCCGGACCUCGUCCCGGACCGCAUGGCCGACCGCGUCGUCAGCGCCGAGCGCAGCUUCGCCCGCCGCCUGACGCCCAACCCGGAGCAGCAGCAGCAGCAGCAGGCCCUGCGCCUGCAGACGAAUGCCGUCGGCGCCUAA